GUGGUUUCCUGUUACUUCAACGCCCCCACCUCUUAUGCCUAAUCGUUCAAUGCGUAAUGCAAUAUGCAUACAUACAUAUGUACAUAACUAAAGGGAAGUUGCGAGCGAAAGGAAAUUGGCGGAAAUUAAAAGGUUACUCCAAAUGGUUUUCAGAGUUGUCAAAAGUCAGCAGCCAACAAGUUCAACGAAUAUACUCGAUCCCUUGGAGAUUUCAUGUGCCACCUCACCUCGGUGCCAUCGUUUUGCUGUUUAACGCUGUAAGGGGAAAGGAAUUAUUACCCUCAGAUAACAUGAAAUGCGAUUUUACAAAUUAGAGAUUUUCAACUUAACUGUUAUUUGAGUCAUUUGGUUCAUCUGUUUAUGUGGCGGUUUAAAUUCUAAUGGAAAUGGCCUGCUUUUUCGUCUACCAGUUGCAGCACGGUAUUUAGAAAGGGGAGGGAGAGAGGUAGGGCAGCGGAGUUGGCAUGGUUUGAUUUUCUCUUAUUUACACAAAAAAGUAUCAAAUUACGAAUGGCGUACGAGCGUAGUGAUUUUAUGAUAUAACAACUAUUUUAUUGUGUGGGUUGAUGGUUUUAGAAAGGUUUUGAGGGCAAAUGAAUAAUUUUCGAAAUCUAUUGUUUCAGGCACAACAGCUCACUUGAUCGAAAUAUGAAAAGUUUUCAUUUCAUCAUUAAGCGCUCAUCAACAUCUACAUAUAAUUGCAAAUUAGAAGUGCUUCCGUCAAUAGCACAAAUCAUGGUGGGACUGGUUUUGGUAAUAGAUAUUUUGCUGCUUGCCGGUGUCUUCGUCAUUGCGUCGAAUCCAACUGCCGUGGAAUCAGCUACCAAAUGCCUUAAUCCCAACCAGAAUGAGGGCCAUUGCAUUUCAAUCUACGACUGCAAAUCACUGAGCUUUGUUCUGAGAAAGCAGCUGACGGCACAAUAUCGCUUUGUGCGUUUUUCCCAGUGUGACGGUGGCGCUGAUGCAACCGGGAAAUUCCCUUUCGUCUGCUGUACAAACGACACGGACUUUCGAGACUCCAACGCGGAUUGGCAGCAGCGUAUUAUCUUUCCUGACACAGGUCAAAAUGGGAGGCCUGACCCUGGACGUCAGAAUGUCUACAUUAUAGAGCCGCCUCGAUGUGGUGCACUGACGAUAUCGAAUAAGAUUUACGGUGGAGAAGAGGCUGAGAUUACAGAGUUCAGUUGGAUGGUUAAGCUGGAAUAUCAAAUCGUAAAUGGCUCAGUUGUCUCCGAAUGCGCUGGCUCAUUAAUCAAUGAACGUUAUGUGCUGACAGCAGCUCAUUGUGUCACUGGUCCAGUUGAGCAGAAAAUAGGUAAACUCAUCUCAGUGCGCACCGGAGAUCAUGACAUUGCAUCACCGGAGAAUUGCAAUCAGCACGAGUGCCCGCCGUCCUAUCAGCGCUACGGUAUUCAGAAGAUUAUCGUACAUGAUCGUUACGGUGCUAAUCGGGAUCUCCGCAUUAAUGAGCAUAACGACAUAGCAUUGAUUCGAAUGGAUAAGGCGGUGGAAUUUAAUGAUUACAUGCAGCCUGUUUGCCUGCCCAUUGUUCGCCUUCAACAAGAGCUAAGCGAGGGUGCACUACUCACGGUGGCCGGUUGGGGUCACACGGGUUUAUCUCAACAUAGUAGAGUGAAGAAAAAAGUCCGGGUGCCACUUUAUUCCAUGGAAAAGUGUCGCCAUAUUUUCGAUAGUUACUUUUAUGUUGCUGAUGAGCAACUCUGCGCUGGUGGUGUUUUCCACCGAGACGCAUGCAGUGGAGAUUCUGGCGGCCCUCUUAUGCGCCUCAAUUCGACUUCUUGGGUAAUUGAGGGCAUCGUGGCAUCUGGACGCGGCUGUGGACUAGAGAACAUACCGGGGGUCUAUACUCGCAUUCGAAGCUAUAUCGAUUGGAUUGCAGAGCAUAUGGAACCGUGGUAGUACCAUGACAGUAUUUGCCUACAUAAAAUUUACCUAGUUGAACAUACUUGUCAUCUAGGUGGAAAUGAAUUCGAGAGGAAAGCAGGGAACUUAAAAGCAUUAAGACGAAGAGUAUUGCUUAACCAACAAAAAAUGUACAAUUAGUAAUUAAAUUAAAGAAAGAUGAAAGAUGAAAGCUUCUUAUUUUUUUGUGAAAGGGAACGUGAUGAAUGAGUAUUGGAAAUGUUUACAUUCACAGCCAGGAGAGAAACGUACUUUUUGCCGAAAGUGCAGUUUUCGUACAAACGAUUUCCAGAUUUGUUCAUUUUUCGUAUCCAAAAAAUGUCAUCAUCUUAUUUCAAAACAAUAACUUUAAAAUAUUUGUUCAAACUGAGCAUUUGAAAGAAUGUAUACGUAUUCGCCAGUAUCUGAGUGUGCAGAGAAGUGUGCUACUAUUUGUUAGCUUUCAGGAGGUCCCAGGUUCGAAAUCCGU